UAAGCUGGGUCUUAGGCUCUCAGUGGUUAGGCGUUAUUUGUGGGGGGACAUCCGACUUUUUCUUCCAGUCAUCACUGAAGGGUACAAACACCAGCAAUCAUGUCGGGCGACGGGGAGAUGGCAGUCUUUGGACCGGCUGCUCCUUUUCUCCGUAAAUCAGAUAAAGAAAGAUUGGAGGCCCAGAACAGGCCUUUCGAUGCCAAGAACACCUGCUUUGUAGACGAUCAAAAGGAACUCUACGUCAAAGGUUUAGUCACAGCCCGGGAAGACGGAAAACUCACUGUGAAGACCGAAGAUGGAAGGACCGUAACUGUGAAAGAAAGCCAGGUUUACCCCCAAAAUCCUCCCAAGUAUGACAAGAUUGAAGACAUGGCCAUGAUGACCCAUCUGAAUGAAGCCUCUGUGUUGUAUAACCUGAAAGAACGUUAUGCAGCAUGGAUGAUCUACACCUAUUCCGGCCUUUUCUGCGUCACUGUAAACCCCUACAAGUGGCUGCCAGUGUACAACCCUGAGGUUGUUGCCGGCUACAGAGGAAAGAAGCGUAUGGAAGCUCCACCACACAUCUUCUCCAUCUCUGAUAACGCCUAUCAGUCCAUGUUAACAGAUCGUGAAAAUCAGUCUAUCCUGAUCACUGGAGAAUCUGGUGCAGGAAAAACUGUGAACACAAAACGUGUCAUCCAGUACUUUGCAACAAUUGCUGCUAUUGGAGACAGUGGGAAAAAGAAGGAGCUAGCCAACAGUAUGAAGGGGACUCUGGAAGAUCAAAUUAUCCAGGCCAACCCUCUCCUGGAAGCCUUCGGUAAUGCCAAGACAGUGAGAAAUGACAACUCUUCUCGCUUCGGUAAAUUCAUCAGAAUCCACUUCGGAACUUCUGGAAAACUGUCUUCAGCAGAUAUUGAAACAUAUCUGCUGGAGAAAUCCAGAGUAACCUUCCAGCUGUCUGCUGAGAGAAGCUACCAUAUCUUCUACCAGAUCCUGACAAACAAGAAACCAGAAGUCGUUGAAAUGCUUCUUGUUACAACCAACCCAUACGACUACCCUUCCAUCAGCCAAGGUGAGAUUGUUGUGAAGAGUAUUGAUGAUGAAGAGGAACUGUUGGCCACUGAUUCUGCCAUUGACAUCUUGGGCUUCAACGGAGAAGAAAAGCAAGGCAUCUACAAACUGACAGGAGCCGUCAUGCACCAUGGUAACAUGAAAUUCAAGCAGAAACAAAGAGAGGAGCAGGCUGAACCCGAUGGCACAGAAGUUGCUGACAAAAUUGCUUAUCUGAUGGGCUUAAACUCUUCCGAUUUGCUAAAGGCUCUGUGCUACCCAAGAGUAAAGGUCGGCAAUGAGUUUGUCACAAAAGGACAGACUGUUCCACAGGUUAACAACUCUGUUGGUGCCCUCUGCAAGUCCGUGUUUGAGAAAUUGUUCUUGUGGAUGGUCACACGUAUCAACCAGCAGCUGGACACUAAACAACCAAGACAGUUCUUCAUUGGUGUCCUGGAUAUCGCUGGCUUUGAAAUCUUUGAUUUCAACAGCUUGGAGCAGCUCUGCAUCAACUUCACCAAUGAAAAACUGCAGCAGUUCUUCAACCAUCACAUGUUCGUCCUGGAACAAGAAGAAUACAAAAAGGAAGGCAUUGACUGGGAAUUCAUUGACUUCGGUAUGGAUCUCGCUGCCUGUAUUGAGCUCAUUGAGAAGCCAAUGGGUAUCUUUUCAAUCCUUGAAGAAGAGUGCAUGUUCCCCAAGGCCACUGACACCUCCUUCAAGAACAAGCUGUAUGAACAACAUCUUGGCAAGUGCAAGAACUUUGAGAAGCCCAAGCCUGGCAAAGGAAAGGCUGAAGCUCACUUCUCUCUGGUCCACUAUGCUGGUACCGUGGAUUACAACAUCUCUGGCUGGCUGGAGAAGAACAAGGAUCCACUCAAUGAGUCUGUUGUCCAGCUGUACCAGAAAUCACCAAUGAAGCUCUUGUCCUUCCUCUAUUCAAGCUACGCUAAUCCUGAUGCCGAAGCAAAGAGUGGAAAGAAGAAGAAGGGAUCUUCCUUCCAAACUGUAUCUGCUUUAUUCAGGGAAAAUCUGAACAAGUUGAUGAGCACCCUGAGGAGCACUCACCCACACUUUGUGCGUUGUCUGAUUCCAAAUGAGAGCAAGACUCCUGGUAUCAUGGAAAACCAUCUGAUCAUCCACCAGUUGAGAUGUAACGGUGUGCUGGAAGGUAUUAGAAUCUGCAGAAAAGGAUUCCCCAGCAGGAUCCUCUAUGGUGACUUCAAACAACGUUAUAAAGUGUUGAACGCCAGCGCAAUUCCAGACGGGCAGUUUAUUGACAGCAAGAAGGCUUCUGAGAAGCUGCUUGGCUCUAUUGAUAUUGAUCACACUCAAUACAAAUUUGGCCACACAAAGGUGUUCUUUAAAGCUGGUCUUCUGGGUACCCUGGAAGAAAUGAGAGAUGACAAGUUGGCACAACUUAUUACCCGCACUCAAGCUCUUUGCAGAGGUUUCUUGAUGAGAACAGAGUUCAAGAAAAUGGUCGAAAGAAGGGAGGCAAUCUUCGUCAUUCAGUACAACCUCAGGUCAUUCAUGAAUGUCAAACACUGGCCAUGGAUGAAACUGUACUUCAAGAUUAAACCUCUCUUGAAGAGUGCUGAAACUGAGAAGGAGAUGGCAAACAUGAAGGAAGAGUUUGAGAAGACCAAGGAAGCCCUUGUGAAAUCAGAAGCUAAAAAGAAGGAACUAGAAGAGAAAAUGGUUUCCCUACUGCAGGAGAAGAAUGAUUUACUGCUGCAGGUUCAGUCAGAAGGUGAAACUUUGGCUGAUGCAGAGGAAAGAUGUGAAGGCCUCAUCAAGAACAAAAUCCAACUGGAAUCUAAAAUCAAAGAAAUUACAGAGAGACUUGAAGAUGAAGAAGAAAGCAAUGCUGAACUCACAGCCAAGAAGAGGAAACUGGAAGAUGAAUGCUCUGAGCUGAAGAAAGACAUUGAUGACCUGGAACUCACCUUGGCCAAAGUAGAAAAGGAGAAGCAUGCCACAGAGAACAAAGUUAAGAACCUCACAGAGGAAAUGGCAACACUUGAUGAGAAUAUCUCCAAGGUUAGCAAGGAGAAGAAAGCACUCCAAGAGGCUCACCAGCAAACACUGGAUGACCUGCAGGCUGAGGAGGACAAAGUCAAUACCUUGUCAAAGGCCAAGACUAAGCUGGAACAGCAAGUAGAUGACCUGGAAGGUUCUCUGGAACAAGAAAAGAAGCUUCGUCUUGACCUUGAAAGAUCCAAGAGGAAACUUGAAGGUGAUCUGAAGCUUUCCCAGGAAACUGUAAUGGAUCUUGAAAAUGACAAACAGCAAACUGAGGAAAAACUCAAGAAGAAGGAAUUUGAAAUUAGCCAGCUCCAAAGCAAAAUAGAAGAUGAGCAGUCUCUUGGAUCUCAGUUGCAGAAGAAGAUCAAGGAACUUCAGGCUCGCAUUGAAGAACUUGAGGAGGAAAUUGAAGCAGAACGUGCAGCACGUGCAAAGGUUGAGAAACAGAGGGCUGAUCUCUCCAGGGAACUAGAAGAGAUUAGUGAAAGACUUGAAGAGGCUGGAGGUGCAACAUCUGUUCAGAUUGAGAUGAACAAGAAACGUGAAGCUGAGUUCCAGAAACUGAGACGUGACUUGGAAGAAGCCACCCUUCAACAUGAAGCCACCGCUGCUGCUCUGCGCAAAAAGCAAGCAGACAGCGUUGCUGAGCUUGGGGAACAAAUUGAUAACCUGCAGCGUGUCAAGCAAAAGCUGGAGAAAGAGAAGAGUGAGUUUAAGAUGGAGAUUGAUGAUCUCGCCAGCAACCUUGAGAACAUCUCUAAAUCCAAGGCCAACCUUGAAAAAGUAAACCGUGUGCUUGAGGAUCAACUCAGUGAAGUGAAGGCAAAGGACGAUGAGAACCAGCGUCUUCUCAAUGAUCUCACUGCUCAAAGAGCUCGCUUCCAAACUGAGAACGGUGAACUUUCCCGUCAGCUUGAAGAGAGAGAAUCACUGAUUUCACAGCUCUCAAGAGGCAAGCAAGGAUUUACCCAACAAGUAGAAGAACUCAAGAGACAACUGGAGGAGGAAUCAAAGGCUAAGAACGCCCUCGCUCAUGCCUUGCAAUCAUCUCGUCACGACAAUGAUUUGCUCCGUGAGCAAUAUGAGGAGGAACAAGAAGCCAAGGCUGAGCUUCAACGCUCCUUGUCCAAAGCAAAUGGUGAAGUUGCUCAAUGGAGGACCAAAUAUGAGACUGAUGCCAUUCAGCGCACAGAGGAGCUGGAGGAGGCCAAGAAGAAGCUUGCUCAGCGUUUACAGGAUGCUGAAGAGCAGGUAGAGGCCGUGAACUCUAAAUGCGCCUCCUUGGAAAAGACCAAGCAGAGGCUGCAGGCUGAGGUUGAGGACCUGAUGGUUGAUGUUGAGAGAGCAAACAGUGCAGCAGCUGCUCUGGAUAAGAAGCAAAGGAACUUCGAUAAGGUCUUGGUAGAGUGGAAACAGAAGUAUGAGGAGGGUCAGGCUGAGCUGGAGGCUGUUCAGAAGGAGUCCCGCACCCUGAGCACUGAAAUCUUCAAGCUGAAGAACGCUUAUGAAGAGUCCUUGGAACAAGUUGAAACCCUAAAACGGGAGAACAAGAACUUGCAACAGGAGAUCUCAGAUCUGACUGAACAAAUUGGUGAAUCUGCAAAAUCUGUUAUUGAACUUGAAAAAUCCAAGAAGCAGGUUGAGCAGGAGAAGAGUGAUCUUCAGGCCGCCCUGGAGGAAGCAGAGGGAUCUUUGGAACACGAAGAAGCCAAGAUUCUGCGCAUUCAGCUUGAACUGAACCAGGUGAAAUCAGAGGUAGACAGGAAAGUCGCAGAGAAGGAUGAAGAGAUUGAACAGCUGAAGAGGAACACCCAAAGAGUUAUUGAUACUCUGCAGAGCACCCUAGACUCUGAGAUCAGAAGCAGAAACGACGCUCUGAGACUGAAGAAGAAGAUGGAGGGAGACUUGAAUGAGCUUGAAAUCCAACUCAGCCAUGCCAACCGCCAGGCUGCAGAUGCACAGAAACAGCUCAGAAAUAUCCAGGCUCAAUACAAGGAAGUCCAACUUCAGCUGGAUGAUUCACUCAGAGGACAGGAAGAUCUCAAGGAACAGGUUGCUGUGAUUGAACGUAGAAAUAACCUGCAGCAAGCUGAAAUUGAGGAGAUUAGGUCUGCUCUGGAACAGACUGAGAGAUCCCGCAAGAUUGCAGAACAAGAGCUUCUUGAUGCAAGCGAGCGUGUACAGCUUCUGCACUCACAGAACACCAGCCUAAUCAACAGCAAGAAGAAGCUUGAGAAUGACAUUGCUCAGCUCCAGAAUGAGGCUGAGGAGUCUAUCCAAGAAUCCAGAAAUGCUGAGGAGAAAGCUAAGAAGGCCAUCACAGAUGCUGCCCUGAUGGCAGAGGAGCUGAAGAAGGAGCAGGACACCAGCGCUCAUCUUGAGAGAAUGAAGAAGAACCUUGAGCAGACCGUGAAGGACUUGCAACACCGUCUGGAUGAAGCUGAGCAGUUGGCUUUGAAGGGAGGAAAGAAGCAGCUCCAGAAGCUUGAGUCUAGAGUAAGAGAACUGGAAAAUGAACUGGAAAAUGAACAGAAGCGCGGUGUUGAAGCAGUGAAGGGCGUUCGCAAAUAUGAGAGAAGAGUGAAGGAGCUGACAUAUCAGACAGAGGAAGACAGAAAGAAUGUCCUGAGACUGCAGGAUCUGGUAGACAAACUGCAGCUGAAAGUAAAAGCCUACAAGAGGCAGGCCGAGGAAUCUGAGGAACAAGCCAAUAUCCACCUGGGUCGUUUCAGGAAAGUGCAGCACGAGCUUGAAGAAGCAGAGGAGAGAGCAGACAUUGCAGAGUCCCAAGUGAACAAGCUCAGAGCUAAGAGCCGUGACAUUGGUGGCAAGAAGGAGAGCGAAGAAUGAACAACCAUGCGUGACAGAAGAGGGAGAAACUUGCAAAAUGUGAAUUUCUCUCAUCUUUUACAUUUCCCCCCAACGUUUCCCUUAUAAUAUACCCCUACAUAAAUUUGAUAUUUGAAACUUUUAA